AUGCACCGCCAAUUCUCAUCUCUGCACAAUUCUCCCGCCGGUUCGCUCAAUCGUGCCGGACCGGAUGGGUUCGCUCAUGCCGUCACGGCUCACCGCUACAUCAAUGUUGCAUCAGGAGAACUCUUCGUUGUAGUGGUUCAGCAAAAGGCCAUAACUAGCAAAACUAGCAAGACUAGCAAGACUAGCAAAACUAGCAAAACUAGCAAGACUAGCAAGACUAGCAAGACUAGCAAGACUAGCAAGAGUAGCAAGAGUAGCAAGACUAGCAAGACUAGCAAGACUAGCAAGACUAGCAAGACUAGCAAGACUAGCAAGACUAGCAAGACUAGCAAGACUAGCAAGACUAGCAAGACUAGCAAGACUAGCAAGACUAGCAAGACUAGCAAGACUAGCAAGACUAGCAAGACUAGCAAGAUUAGCAAGACUAGCAAGACUAGCAAGACUAGCAAGACUAGCAAGACUAGCAAGACUAGCAAGACUAGCAAGACUAGCAAGACUAGCAAGACUAGCAAGACUAGCAAGACUAGCAAGACUAGCAAGACUAGCAAGACUAGCAAGACUAGCAAGACUAGCAAGACUAGCAAGACUAGCAAGACUAGCAAGACUAGCAAGACUAGCAAGACUAGCAAGACUAGCAAGACUAGCAAGACUAGCAAGACUAGCAAGACUAGCAAGACUAGCAAGACUAGCAAGACUAGCAAGACUAGCAAGACUAGCAAGACUAGCAAGACUAGCAAGACUAGCAAGACUAGCAAGACUAGCAAGACUAGCAAGACUAGCAAGACUAGCAAGACUAGCAAGACUAGCAAGACUAGCAAGACUAGCAAGACUAGCAAGACUAGCAAGACUAGCAAGACUAGCAAGACUAGCAAGACUAGCAAGACUAGCAAGACUAGCAAGACUAGCAAGACUAGCAAGACUAGCAAGACUAGCAAGACUAGCAAGACUAGCAAGACUAGCAAGACUAGCAAGACUAGCAAGACUAGCAAGACUAGCAAGACUAGCAAGACUAGCAAGACUAGCAAGACUAGCAAGACUAGCAAGACUAGCAAGACUAGCAAGACUAGCAAGACUAGCAAGACUAGCAAGACUAGCAAGACUAGCAAGACUAGCAAGACUAGCAAGACUAGCAAGACUAGCAAGACUAGCAAGACUAGCAAGACUAGCAAGACUAGCAAGACUAGCAAGACUAGCAAGACUAGCAAGACUAGCAAGACUAGCAAGACUAGCAAGACUAGCAAGACUAGCAAGACUAGCAAGACUAGCAAGACUAGCAAGACUAGCAAGACUAGCAAGACUAGCAAGACUAGCAAGACUAGCAAGACUAGCAAGACUAGCAAGACUAGCAAGACUAGCAAGACUAGCAAGACUGGCAAGACUAGCAAGACUAGCAAGACUAGCAAGACUAGCAAGUCUAGCAAGACUAGCAAGACUAGCAAGACUAGCAAGACUACAAUCAGCCACCCACAAUCACAGUCCUCGGUCAUUAAUAUUCUUUCCGCUACCGCUAGACUUUGUGGUACACCGUUUGCUGUCCUAUCCGGUAGUAGUAGUAGUAGUAGUAGCAAUCCAAUGCAUGUUUGGCUCGCAUCAUCGUCAGCGUCAUCGCCGUUACCGUCGUCGAACAUCACAGUUCCACAUCGAUGGUCGAUCGUCUGUCACAUCAAACAUUACCUCCCGGGGGGCGGGCGAGAGGGUUCGAGAGAAGUGUCGAAAAAUCCAGCAUUUUAUUCGCCACGCCAGGUGCACAACAAGGUUAAUCGUCGUGGCAAACGUGUGCCACGGAAUUGA